AUUCGGUGCUGAAAGGGAAUAGUAGCCUUUGAUUGGCCAAUUGAGAGGCCGAGCCCCGUAUAUAAUUCGAUCUUUACCUUACCGGCUUAGUUUCCUUCUGUCCUCGCGUCGCGGCUACAAAAAGGUCAAUAUGCCUCCUUUGAAGACAAUACUUCUGUUGACUCUGGUUGGUUUGUUGAACUUAUCGACAGUCGCCCCGGACAGCGCUGGGAUCGUAGAAAUGGUGAACGGAUUGGCGUACGGUGGAAUUCCAUACGGAAGCGUAACUGGGAUGGUAGCAAAGUAUCCAGGAUUCAUGAACCAGCAAAUUAAUAACCUGCAGACUCCACAAUUACACGGGCUCGCCGGUGUACAACCAAUCGGUGUCGCGCCAAACUACAGAGCUGCUCCGUCAGUUGGCGUGCGACCGCAAACUGUGCAAAUUUAUAAUCUUCCGGGACUCGUUGGUUUUUAUAAGUAGUCGUGAACUACUUUUUAAUCAGCAAUUCAUUAUUAGUUGCUAAGUAAUUAGUAACAAAAUGUUAGACAUAAAUGGCGUACACGUGGCAUUAGCAAUCAUUUACCAUAGAUAUACAAAUCUAGAGAACUUCAAGAAGUCUGAGGCAAUCGUCGUUGCUAAACACAAAAAAAUAAAGAAUUUUUAUUAGAA